GGUGUCUUCCUACCGUCGGCUGGGAGGGCUUCUUGAGGGUCUUCCUGGAGGAGGGCCCGUUCCCGCUCGGUCCUUCGGUUGAUGGAUGAAACCGGAAGGAUGCUGCAACACGGAGGAUCCGGCGUCGGCUUGAUGGGCGGCAAUCAGGGCCAGGGUGCCCAGAACGCCGGCGGAUACGGCAGCAUGGGGCCCGUCGACGGCUCCGCCGCCCAGGGACCCGACCAGACCGUCGAGUCCAGGAAGCAGGACAUCGGCGAGAUCCUGCAGCAGAUCAUGAACAUCACGGAUCAGAGCUUGGACGAGGCCCAGGCGAGAAAGCACACUCUGAACUGCCACAGAAUGAAGCCUGCCCUGUUUUCGGUGCUGUGCGAGAUUAAGGAGAAGACCGUGCUGUCGUUGCGGAACACACAAGAGGAGGAGCCACCUGAUCCUCAGCUGAUGAGGUUGGACAACAUGCUGAUCGCCGAGGGUGUCGCCGGGCCCGAGAAGGGUGGAGGCGCGGGGGCAGCGGCCUCCGCCUCUGCGGCCGCAGCGGCGGGUCCCCCCGGCCAGCCCGAUAACGCUAUCGAGCACUCCGACUACAGGGCCAAACUUGCCCAGAUCCGUCAGAUCUACCACCAGGAGCUCGAGAAGUACGAGCAGGCCUGUAACGAGUUCACCACCCACGUGAUGAAUUUGCUGAGGGAACAAAGUCGCACCCGGCCGAUCACGCCGAAGGAGAUCGAGAGGAUGGUCCAAAUUAUCCAUAAGAAGUUCUCCAGCAUCCAGAUGCAGCUUAAACAAUCCACCUGCGAAGCCGUUAUGAUCCUAAGGAGUAGAUUCCUCGACGCGAGGCGUAAGAGACGGAACUUCAGUAAACAAGCUUCCGAAAUCCUGAACGAGUACUUCUACUCGCACCUGAGCAAUCCUUACCCCAGCGAAGAGGCGAAGGAGGAGCUUGCGCGAAAGUGCGGCAUCACCGUCAGUCAGGUGUCCAAUUGGUUCGGCAACAAGAGGAUACGCUACAAGAAGAACAUAGGCAAGGCGCAAGAGGAGGCGAACCUGUACGCGGCUAAAAAGGCAGCUGCAGCUUUUGCAGGAGCGUCGCCGUACAGCAUGGGUGGUGCCAGUCAAGGCACUCCAACCCCCAUGAUGUCUCCCGCACCCCCUGGAGGCCCCCAGGACAUGGCAGGAUACGGGAUGGGCAUUAAUGGCAGCGACUACGGCUCUCAGCCCUACAACGACGGCUCCAUGGGCUACGACCCCAUGCACCAGGGCAAGGCAAUGGCAGGGGGGCCAGGCGGGGGCUGGAUGCAACAACGGGAGGCGGUCCCAGAAUUUCCGCCUCUUCACGAUUCGGCGGACUCGGAUUCCGAUCGGGAGAACGAAAAGCGGCCUCGCGUCUAGGGACCCCACAAAAAUCCCCCAGCAUCCAACACAGAAAGAAAGAGAGACAGAAAGAGAGGGAGAGUGACGAACACACGCACCGGAUAUAAAUAGAGAUCGAUGAAUAGAUAAAUAUAUAAAUAUAAAUAUAAAUAUAAAUAUAAAUAUAUAUGUACACGCGCGACACACCGAGAGAUGUCCGCCAUUGAGGUGGUGCCUUUUAAGGGGGCUCGUACCUAUUGACAGUGUUAAAAGUGCCCAUUUUUCAGGCAGGUAUAAAUAAAGCAAUGAAACAACAUUUAAUUGAUUAAUCGUGCUUUUAGGUACGUAUCGGAAUGAAUUCUUGUAAUUUUUCAUUAAAAAGAAAUAUUUCAACUGUGAUACGUUGUAAAGGGACGUGUUUUUGGGAUAUUCUUCUUUGUCAGUUUUCAGAUAGUUUGCAUUCGAUCAUUUUAUCAAGGUGUAGGGAAAUUUGGAAAGAGUUGUUAAGAGAUAAAUGAAAUAUUGGGUGGUCUUGCUUUGAAUUUUUGUCCUAUACCUGUCUCAGAAAUGUGGAUUUUUAAUUUUUGAUUGGUAUGAGCUCCCUUAAUUUCCACGCGCCUCUCGUUAUCAUUACUUUAUACAGUUAUUAUACACUAUUAUUACGACUAGCCUUAGGAUUAUUAUGUUAUUUCGUCCGUACGAUUUUGGAGGGCACCCGAGGGGGUGGCCCGAGUCUUAACCCUUUCGGGCCCAGGAAGGAAUUCCUGCGACCCUUAAGGCCUCGAAAGGGUUAAUCACGACUCGACGGCUCGGUUUUUUAGAGCUACAGGGGCCGGAAAUGUGUCCCCGACGUUUUUCGGGGUUCCGUGGAAAUAUAUAAACUUACGGAUACAUAGGUGAGGGUAUGUACAAGGGAUGUUCCCCACUCACCCGAAGAGUGCCCUCCGCGUCCCAAGUGCAUCUUGCCUUAAUAUUAUUUACGCCGCGGCGUACGCUCCAUGAAAACGGCGAAUGGAAUGAGAUAUAUUUAAUAUCGAGAGAGCGGAGGUGUUUCUCCUUUUUCUUUCUUGCUAGUGUUAAACAAUCGUAGGAUCGACUUAGGACGAUGGGGCGGUGGCUCGUGAGGUUUCGAUUUUUCCUGUUUUUAUGUUUUUUAUUUUUAUUUUUAUAUCCUGGCUCUCGUUAAGGCUAUCAGGUGCAUCAUUAAGGCUAUCGGGUGCAUCGUUAAGGCUGUCAGGUGAGAAAUUCGCGGAGGCGCAUGUUUAAGAAAAUGGAUAAAUCGUACGCUUUGUAAGGAACUAACGAAAUUCUGUAUAUAUUUAUCACUUGUCUCUAUUCACGAAUUCCAAAUCUUAUUGUCGAACUGCUUAUUUAUGUUAAAUUUAGCAUUGACUAUUUUCACAAUUGUCGGCACUGCCUGAUUUCAUAGUACGGCUGCAUCAUGAUACACCCUCUCUUGUCUUGAAUUCUAAGUUCUUUUUUGUACUUUACCCACCUUAAAGCAUGUGAUCAGCGAUAUUUUACUUAUUCAUCCUGAUUAAAAUGUUCUGUAAUUAAUUAUCAUUUCGGAGUAUUAAGGUGUAUCGUGUUCUGAAGAUUGUUCAGAAUGGUUGGUUGGAGGCAAAAAUGAUCACUCGAUUUUAUGUGGAUUUUCCUUUAUCAUCGGCUAUUGAACGUUGCAUACAGGCGCCUUCGCGAAUUUACAAAGGCCUUAAGUAAGCCCUGUCGAGAAGAAUAAAUCCUACGUACAUUUUAGGAUAAUCGAGGUCUUGUACAGCGUACCGAGGCUGUUUUUAAACCGGGUUGAUGCCAUUUCGAACCGUUUUUUAGACCCACCGGAGUCGACUUUUCGCAGGUUACAAAACCGAUCCGUGAUUGUCUCACUUCUUGUAGGCGUUUACAUAUAUAUAUGUAAUUAUAAUUUUGGACGAUUGUUUGCAACAACAGGAUAUUGUGUGCAUGACCUAAGGUAGUCGCGCGACCCUCCCCACGGAGUGGGAAUUUCGAAAAUGCCUUGGCGAGAUUUUGGAAACAUUUCCUGAGGCUUUUUCGAAAUUUCUUCCGCCCCCCGCGUUCUUUGCGACUCCUCGAUUGCGCUUGCCUUUAUAUACUUUGUUGAUCGUUAUGUGGGUACAUAUAGAUGCGAAUGUAUAUCUUGUAUACACGAAUGUGAGUACACCGUCCACCCCUCUCUUCAGGAAUCCAAUAUCAUCGACGAGAGACUUCUCAAAGAAAUCUCCUGUAUACUUUUUUACGAAAUAAGUCGACAUCUUCUUCGGCGUCUUCGCUUCAUUCAAUCCGGAAUUCUUCUAUUGGCUUCUUUUCACUUUCUUGGCAUUCUGAAAUAAAUCUUGACAAUCAUCUGGUCAUACUUAACACGGAAAAGAACAUCACAGGAAUGACACACGAUUACAUGGUAAUGAUGUUAUAAUUUUUUCGCUAUAAUCGAAGUUUUCAUUCGAUUUAGAGAUUGAAAUGACUACUCUUGGGGAUCUCUUGUCGGUGAUUUGUCCUUUCCUCCUGUACACAGUUGCCUGAACAAGGAUUCUCUUCUCUGGAUCAGUGGCUUAGGGAACACUCAAUUUUAUAUUACACUUUUCUUGAGACUUGCGACGGUCCACUUGAUCUGGGGAAAGUGGAUCACUUCCUGCGUUGAUGACUUCCUCGCCACCUUAAAUAUAUACACGUUUAUAUUCUUUCCAAAAUGGCGGUCAAAUUGCGAUUCGUCGACGUUAUCGAACCGCGCGCUACUUCCUCGCGACGUCCAGAAAGAGACGUACCUUGUAACGCGAUUUUACAUCGCCCUUAAGAAAUCAUUUUCUUACAUUCUGAGAACGCCAUCCCACUGAGAGAGACACCCCUGGACUCGACGGUUAUAAAAUAAACCGCGGAAUAAUUUUCUCCCAAUAAGUUAUACUCAUAAAUACAUAUUUUCAUCUCACCAAACGGCAUAACCGUUUCACAUUUCUUUUCUAACAAUUCGAUAUCAUAUAACAUCGACGUAUUUUGAAUAAUUUUCGUUCCACCUAAAAACUAGAUAACUUGAAUGAAACAAAUAUAUACUGUUGCCUAAGUCAUACAUAAUUGCAAGAAAGUUAUUUUGUUAAGAGGAAAAAUUAUAUCGUUGAUGGAUUACAAUUUGCAACCGUUAGUCUAAUUUUCCUUGAGCACGAGACUGACGUUUCUGACUGUUAAAUCAAUGUCACUUGAUUAUUCACGGUGUCCGCACUUUGCGCGGGAUAGAGAGAUGGAAGGCAUACGUAAACCGAGGAGAUUUUCAAUAUCGAGGGGAAUAAGGUGUACAAAGCCCCUCGAUUUCGUGGAAAGACGGUCGGGGUGUUUCUCUCUUGGUUUUGAUGCUGGGUCGAGCCUUUUAUGGACCGCGUGGGAGCUGGCAACCGGUCGAGCCGCCCCUGAAUCUUCUCGGCCCGGAGAAUGAGGCGCGUACAUGGGCGAUGCUGUUUGUUUUCAGGAGCUGUCGCCUUGAAAUCCUUAGGAGAUACGAGAAGCAUAAAAAACGGUCAAAGAAAUCGAAUGGGAGAGAGAAAGAGAGAGAAAGAGAGAACAGAGAGAAAGAAUAUGAAUUUCGAAACGCUAGCGCAAUCCGAUCACCUGACUAUCUGUGAUCCGAUGCUCGCCGCCACGGCGAGUAAUACGAACUAAAGUCGAUAUAAAGUAAUUAAGGUUUUAUGUAAUACGCUCGAGGCCAGGACGAAAUUCAGGCCGGACCGCGGGAGAAACGUCCUCGAGUCCUCCGGAGGUGCCCGAAGGUCGAUUCCGGAGGGAAAAUCGAAAGCAAACGUGGCGGCGUCGGGAGGACUCGGGACCAAGAUGGCGGCGCUCGCCCGAACUCGCGGCGGUUUUCCUCCUUCUGGGGACACCCCCACGCGGAGAAACCUGGCUCGUCUUGUGAGGCCCUUCCUUCGUAAGAGCCUCAUUCCUGCCACUGUAUACGUAUGUCGGACCUUACAUUUUCGACGCGUAGCCAUGGGCACUUUUUUCAACGUGGAUGAACCUUCCCUAUAAAUGAGAAUCUUCCCGCGACGCGACGCAGCGACCUCCAGUGACGCCACCUCGGUGACCGAGUCUUGCAGAAUAGUUUUUACAUUCGCGCCGCAUGGAGUCUCGUUGGAACGUUAAAUUAAAAACGUUACGUUAAGUUUACGGCUUAUCGGAUUCGCCACGGGGUAUUGACUUCGGAUGUGUUUUGAAAUGAAUAUCUACCGCUUCGAUUAUAUUAAUCGAUCUUUUUUUUUUUUUUACUAUAAAUGAUGCAUUUCGUACGGUUUAAUCGAUGCAGAGAAUUCCGACGUCGUGGAAGGAGUCGAUUAUUAAAAACGAUGUAUCUUUGUAAAAGGUAGCAGUGGGUAGGAUAUAUCGCGUCGGGUGGCAACGUCGCGUCGCGCGGCAACCGGUCGCAUCGUGCAGCGGCCUCGCGCGGCAACCGGUCGCAUCGUGCAGCGGCCUCGCGCGCUGCGGACAUGCGCAGUGGCCGCCAUUGCCGCGCGGCAAAUUCAAAUGACCUCCCGCCAGGGCGAGGUUCACGAAACCCAUGCGACGCAUUUCCUUUCCCGGGUGCUCCGUUUCCGAGUCGAAGCCUGGCCUCGCAGCGCUUUCCCCCGGUCCGUUAAAAGAAAAAAAAAAGAGGAAAACUUAGGAAAUGAGGAAGAGAAAUAUUCAUACCGGCGAUAAAAAGAGAUAGAGAGAGGCGGAGAGAGAACACAGCGAGAACGCGGAUACCGGAGUCACACACCUUGAGCGAACUAAACGAAGCAAUGGUCCUGCGACACACACUGAUGUAUACGAUUUUUCAACGUGGAAACAGAAAACAAAAAAUAUAUAUUGUAGCUAUACAUAUUGUAGUUAUAUAACGGAGGUUAGUCUCUAGGCAACAGCGUAAACGCGGCGAUGGGCGUCGCGACGGCGGCGCCCGUUAUAUUACUACGAGGAUCCCAUUAUUCGACAGUGCUAUUUUAUUAUCGCGACUAUUAAUUAUUAUUACUAUUGGUAUUACAUUAUUGACGAUCAACGAUUAUUAUUGCUAUUAUUACACGAUGUGAUUGUAACGUUAUUGGCGCGCAUGCGCGUCGGCGGUCGAAUCAACCUUGUUUCCCCCCUUCGUCCGGCUCCCUUAAUUGCAAUUCGGCGUAUUAAUUGUCGACCUUCAAUCGAUUGUUUACAUCGCAUUAUUAUAUCGAGCGCGAGAUAUAACGGCGAUCGGAGGGUGGCGUUGAUAUUAUAUUUACUACUAGCGAGUAGGAGAAGGAUGAUAUUCCCCUCCCCCCAUCCCACCCCCUCCUUCCUCUUCACCGUGUAAACGAUACGACGAAACGGCGGCGUAAACCGAUUGUAUCCUGCGACCGAGAUCGGGCGGAUAAAAACAACUGUUGUUAAUAAAUAUAUGUCGUAGGCGGAUA